AUGGGAGUAAAUAUGGUUGGUGGAGGGUCGCCCCUUAGUCAGGUUGGUGGAGGGUCGCCCCUUAGUCAGGGUGGUGGAGGGACGCCCCUUAGUCAGGGUGGUGGAGGGUCGCCCCUUAGUCAGGGUGGUGGAGGGUCGCCCCUUAGUCAGGGUGGUAGAGGGUCGCCCCUUAGUCAGGGUGGUGGAGGGUCGCCCCUUAGUCAGGUUGGUGGAGGGUCGCCCCUUAGUCAGGUUGGUGGAGGGUCGCCCCUUAGUCAGGGUGGUGGAGGGUCGCCCCUUAGUCAGGUUGGUGGAGGGUCGCCCCUUAGUCAGGGUGGUGGAGGGUCGCCCCUUAGUCAGGUUGGUGGAGGGUUGCCCCUUAGUCAGGGUGGUGGAGGGACGCCCCUUAGUCAGGUUGGUGGAGGGUCGCCCCUUAGUCAGGUUGGUGGAGGGUCGCCCCUUAGUCAGGGUGGUGGAGGGUCGCCCCUUAGUCAGGUUGGUGGAGGGUCGCCCCUAAGUCAGGGUGGUGGAGGGUCGCCCCUUAGUCAGGGUGGUGGAGGGUCGCCCCUAAGUCAGGGUGGUGGAGGGUCGCCCCUUAGUCAGGGUGGUGGAGGGUCGCCCCUUAGUCAGGGUGGUGGAGGGUCGCCCCUUAGUCAGGGUGGUGGAGGGUCGCCCCUUAGUCAGGGUGGUGGAGGGUCGCCCCUUAGUCAGGGUGGUGGAGGGUCGCCCCUUAGUCAGGGUGGUGGAGGGACGCCCCUUAGUCAGGGUGGUGGAGGGUCGCCCCUUAGUCAGGGUGGUGGAGGGACGCCCCUUAGUCAGGGUGGUGGAGGGACGCCCCUUAGUCAGGGUGGUGGAGGAGCAGCCUCCCCUCCCUCAACAUGA